CUGUUCACGCGUAGUAGUAUCACUAAACUAUAUCACCUCUUUCAUCAUUCUCUCUCUUCUCAAGGACUCAUCAAUGGCGUCCACAACUUUCUCUCUCCUAAUUUUUUCUCUCCUCUCUCUCUCCUCCGCACAACCACCACCACCACCACCUUCUUCUGACACCUGCAACGGCGUAUGGCUAACUUACGCCUACACCUCAGGAAAAAAACUCCACCCUUUUCUCAAAAACCCAUCCAAACAACCCUUUAGCUUCAAAUCAACACUAACAAUCUUAAACAACGAUGAAAUAGAGCUUAAAUCAUGGAGGGUAUUUGUGGGAUUUCAGCACAAUGAGAUCUUGGUGUCUGCUUCUAAUGCUAUCACCGCAGAUGGUUCGAAUCUUCCAAGUGUAGUUGGAGAAGAUGGAGUUGUUUUAGCUGGGUAUCCUCAAUCAGAUCUUAAAACUGGGAUUCAAACUGCUGGUGAUGAACAACAAAUGAGUGUUAAACUUGAAUUUGAAGGAACUCAAUUUGGUGUUGCUCCUCCUAAUGUUCCUUUGCCUACUAAUGUUUCUAUUGUUAAUGAUGGUUAUGUUUGUCCUAAACCUUCUAAAAGUGGAAACUUUACCUUGAACACAUGUUGCUCCCGGGAUCCAGAUUUCAAACCUAACAUGACUAUAAGCGAUAAAUUUUUGCCUCGCCAAAAGGGUGAUCUGACGAUCAUGUAUGAUGUGACCAAGUCUUAUGAAGGGAAUUAUUGGGCCCAAGUGACCAUGACUAACCAUAACCCACUUGGCCGUCUUGAUUAUUGGAAUUUGAACUGGGACUGGAUGCAAGACGAAUUCAUUGUUGCCAUGAAAGGAGCUUAUACUGAUAUCGUUGAUGCAAAUGAUUGUAUUAAUGGCCCUCAGGCUGCACAAUACCCAGGCCUUGAUUGGUCCACUGUAUUGAAUUGUGAAAGAAGGCCAACAAUCAUUGAUCUUCCACCACAGUUGGCCAAUGACACUAAUCUUGGAAAGAUCCCAUAUUGUUGUCGUAAUGGUACGAUCUUACCCCCGGGGAUGGAUGAAAGCAAAUCAGUCUCCGCUUUCCUGAUCCAAGUGAAUAAAAUGCCGCCAAAGCUUAACCAAUCUUUGAUAGACCCGCCUCAGAACUGGCAGAUUAAGGGCAUUCUCAACCCUACUUACAAAUGUGGGCCGCCUGUGCGAGUCAGCCCAAGUGAGUUCCCUAGCACAUCUGGUGUACCAGUGAACGCAACUGUUUUUGCCAGCUGGCAGGUUGUUUGCAACAUCACCAAGCCUAAGAAAGCUGCUCCUAAAUGCUGUGUCUCAUUCUCAGCAUACUUCAACGAGUCUAUCGUCCCUUGCAAAACAUGUGCUUGUGGUUGUCCUGAAACCACUAGUCAGACCUGUAGCACAACUGCUCCAGCUAUGUUUCUUCCCCCUGAGGCUCAACUAGUCCCAUUUGAUAAUCGUACUAAGCUAGCCCUUGCUUGGGCUCAAAUAAACCACCGACCUAUAUCAAAUCCACUUCCAUGUUCAGACAACUGUGGUAUUAGCGUCAACUGGCAUGUAUUCACGGAUUACAACAAGGGAUGGAGUGCAAGAGUAACAGUUUUCAAUUGGGAUGAAACAACCUUUGCAGACUGGUUUGUUGCUGUUGAAAUGAAAAAUGCGGCCGCCGGUUUUGAGAAGGCUUACUCAUUUAAUGGUACACUUAUGACUGAUGUGAACGACACCAUUUUCAUGCAAGGUCUUGAGGGAUUGAACUAUCUUAUGGGAGAGACUAAUGGCAGCAAACCAUUAGAUCCCCGGGUUCCUGGUAAACAACAAUCGGUUCUUUCCUUUACCAAGAAAACUACCCCAGGAAUCAGAGUGGCAGAGGGUGAUGGCUUCCCUACCAAACUAUAUUUCAACGGGGAAGAAUGCUCGAUCCCAAAGAUCUUUCCAAUCAACAGUGCAUAUAAGAAGGGUCCAGUGACAGUAAUCUCUGUUCUUAUCGCGGUUGUUGCUCUCAUCUUUAUUGAGCAAUGACUGAACUAACAUUGGGGAUCUGCUCUGAUUUUGUAGCUGCUACUGCUGCCUGCUAAUUCUUUCAUUCUUUUGUGAUUCGGUCAAUAUAUGCUGACUGUUGGCCUAUGUGACUGAACUGCAUCCACAGUUUAUGUGCAGAUUGCUGAUGAGCAGCAGGUUCAGUUGAUAAGAGUAUAUGUGCGGUAUUACUGAUUGCUAGUAAAGUAGAUUACUGUAGUACAUAAUAUUUUGGUAUAUCUGUAUACAAACAUGUUAAACAUAUUGCUACAAUUAUUUUUGGGUUUUCAUGUACCA